UUCGGAGAAUCUUUCAACCGGGGUUGAGGUCAAAAUGGUUUUGUCGGCUGGCAAAUGCCAUUACUUUCCGACUCUUCAGGAUUCUCAAGAUGCCAUCAGCUAAUCAACGUCCGAAAAUAUUCCGCUUCGCCAGAUUCAAUGUUGAUGCUCUCUGUUUCCUCGCCAGCCGCCUUCGCGACGGAAUUAGUUGUGACUGUGAUGCAUCUCAAGCUCCAGUGUAUGGUAGUCUGAACUGGGCGAUCUCCAUCCUCUUUACUGAUGGAGUGGAGUGGCUAUUGAGAUCACCACUAAACGAGAAUGGAGCUAUUCCGUGCCCUCGAACAAACUCUAUGCUGCUGGAGAGUGAAGCUAUCACGCUCAAAUAUAUCCGAUCUCAUAGUUCGAUUGCUGUUCCUGAGGUCUUUGCAUACAGUUGUUCCAAGGAGAAUGAAAUAGGGGUGCCCUACAUCUUGAUGAGCAAAGCACCUGGAUGCCCUCUUCGGCUUCACUGGACGCAUAUGUCCUGGAAUGGCAAGGCAAAAAUUCUCCGCCAGCUUGGAUCUAUUACGUUGCAGUUAUGCCAACUUAAAUUCGACCAGAUUGGAUCGCUUUUUGAAAGCGUACAUGGUCCGGUGAUCAAGACAUGCUUGACAAGGGGACUACUGGUGCACGAGAGGCACACACUUGAUCUAAACCGCGGCCCCUUCACCUCCACCAUUGACUUCUACGGAGCGUUGAUUUCAGCGCUGCAAGAUCAUGCCAGCAUUCUUCCUCUCAACCCGCGCUGCUUCUUUGCACCAUUUCCUUUACCAGAGGAUUAUGAGGAUGACGCUCAAUUCGAGCGUUCCCGCGACCGGUGGCAUGAUUUUGUCGCGCUACAUUCCAAAAUUGAUGGUUCCGAUAAUCGGACAGAUUAUAUGAUCGUAAGUGACCUACUUGCUGACAUGCGGAAAAAAUGGGUCAGAGACACAUCCUUCAAGGAGGACUCGUGCCAUUACUCAUUGCACCACCCGGACAUCAGCGUGAACAAUAUCUUUGUUGAUGAGGAAUACAAUAUUACAUGUGUUAUCGACUGGGCGUUCUGUUCGUCUGUGCCUCUUUCAGUGGCCAUCACAGAGCCUGGACUCCCUCAAUCACGAAACGAGCUGUCGGAACAACUUCGAGAGCAAUUUCAGCGGGGCUUUCGGGAAGCAGUGUACAACGCUUCAGAUGUCAAUCCGAAGAGAAGAGCUCUCCUCUGCCGAGUCCUGCAACAUAGCUGCCCCAUGUGGUUGCUUUCUCGUAUUCUCAACUUUGAUACGGUCGUGGAUUUUUCCCUGCUAAAUGAACUCUGGGCAAUCGUCAACAGCACCGGGGGUCAACUUCUGAUGGAGUUUAAAACAAGACAGGCCUGGGAUGCUUAUGGGAAGAUACAUGCGCUGCUGAAGAGAGAUGAUGAUCACUCCGGGGUGGCAGAAAAGAAACAUUUUGAUCGGAGGUCUCAAGUUGAUUUGACUGUUGCUAGAAAAUUGACUCUUAUUUCACAAUGGUCUUCACGGUACAGCCAGCCAGGCUCCUUAGCACUCAGAGCGGAAAGCCCCGCAUUCAAAGCCGACAGGACUUUGUGGAAGUGGAUUGACCGAAGCCUGGCGGACCUCCAAGCUAUGUAUCACUGAAUCUUCCAACACCAACCCCAAAAUCCUGCACCUUCCAUUUUUAUGACCUCCUCAAGCGGAUGUAUUCCGUACGAACGUUCUCCUCGUCCUCUGUCUCGUCAUCGAUAACCUAGAUAUGUUCAGUUUUAUGUAUAAAAUCAGGGGCUUCUGCUUGACAUACAACUGCCAUUAGGGUGCUGGAUGUCUUGUUGCUGAUGCUCCCCGUUCGCCAUUCACUAUCUACUACAACUUAGCCUGGACUGAAGCUGAGGGAGCAACGAAGGCACAUACCUACCGCCGCGAAGGACAAAGUAAACUUUGUCUCCCGCAACAUGGUAUUCUUUCUUUUCAGAAUCAGAAGGCGGAUCUGGCAAGUCCUCCGGUGUUGACGGUUGUGGUCGCCUUCUGGGCAUUAAGAAUGCAAAAGGGUUGGCCUGCUAGGAUGCCUUGCUCAAUAAUUAUCUGCUUCUCGCUUUUGCUUUGGUACUGCUCAAUCUCAAGACUGAUACCUUGGGACGAUGAAGCUGGAUUUGGUGCUUUCAAUGAGUUCGCCUUUCGGUCGUUCAAGCAGAAAGAGAGAGAGGUGGGCUUAUCUGUUCCCCGCCCAAAAGAGCCAAUCAUAAUACAAUCUGAAUAUGUCGAUGAAAGUUCCCCCAUGUCAAAGCGGGUCCGAACUUGGCAUAGCUUCGACGCCAAGGCGGCCCCGCUGAAUUGUAAAGAAGCAAAGUAUUCGGGAUUCGAUUAAUUGCGGCUAGUUGUAGGCACAGGUUUAUACACAUUCAAACCAACCUAGUGUAUACAAGUAUUAAUCGAAGGAAUCACAAAUUACUGUCCUGUCCCCCUUCGAACCUUUUCAGUUGUGAAACCCAUGUUCCAUGCUCAAGAUCAAACCCCAUUGCCACGCUAUCUAAUCGCCUUCUAGCUGAAGUGCACUGCAAUGGCCAUCUCUGCAUCCUUCACAUAGGUCACUAAUGUGAGAACCUUUGCUUUUAGAUGAAUAGUGAGACAUAUCCAUCUGUAUCCCGCACCAUUUUUUGAUACGGUAUGCGACUCUUUCCGCAUAUGACCCAUCUAGGCGUGGUCGGCUAAGAUCGUUGCAGCCCUCGCAGCGUUGGUGAUAUACCCUUGCAUUGUACUUCGCUCCGGGGUACAUUCGUAUAGUGAUGGCAACUCUCUUGCUUGACCAUCUACGAGAGGCACAGGUUCUGUUGCGACACAUGAACCAACCCUUGAUGUUUGUGUCGUACUCUCUGUUACAGCCUGCAGAGUCGUCAACGUCAUGGAAGGUGAAAUAAAGUCCCUCUUCUUCCAGCAAGCGUGAUACACCGCCGUGGUGUGUUGGAUACAUGGACGAGCAAGCAUGGGCUAGGGAGCUUUCGAUGUGCUGCCCGAGAGCCCGUUCACUUUUGAACGAUCGGUUGCAGCUGUCGCAAUUGUACGAGGCAGCAUGGGCUGGGGAGCUUUCGAUGUGCUGCUCGAGAGCCUGUUCACUUUUGAACGAUCGGCUGCAGCUGUCGCCAUCGUAAGAGGGGGCAUGGGCUUGGGAGGUUUGCUCCUUGCUCUCAAAUAGCCAAGGAUACACCUUUUCAUAGUUGGUGAACUAGAUCAGCAGGAAUGAUAAUAAUGGUCUCGAAUAAACGUAAGUCCAAGUUAGUGCUUGAAAAGAUGCGGAGUACUGUGUCCAAUACAACAUGUCAAUUCAUUGUCUAAUAGAGAUCGCAAGAACAUGCUUUUCUCCAAUGUUUGCAAAUGACUUCUCUGCAGGACGUGGCCUGAUGUUAUUGCGAAGGUAGCGAAGCUUGAAUAAAUAUUAUUGAUCAAACACACUUGAUAACUGGCCCAUGUGUGGGUGUCUUAACACCAAGUCACAUCGCCCGCACGCUAUUGGCUAUCGAGGUGGUGCCUGAGCCAUGCAAGCGAUCUGUCGACGUGGAAUUAAACUCUGGUAUUGCUCUGGAGCGAUUGCUAAGCUGCUACCUUUUGUUA